AUAGGGCAAACCAUACCGUUCUAACAGUUUUUUGCAAUCUUGCACUAGGAAUAUCUCCUAUGAAAUAAACUCAAUUGCACAAGGCUGCUCGAAUGGGCUUUGCCCUGACUGAAGCCGAACUCCAAUAUAGUGGCUUCAAAGCCUUCAAUUCAAAUACCCCAACUCCUUUACGAAACCAAGUGAAACGAAGACCGGACGAGACCAGCAACUGAAGACUGGUACAAUGAAAUUGAAGCACAUACCAACUCCUUUCCCCUUACCCUUUCUUUGUCAGACUAACAAGACUCAUGCCUCCGAAUCAUAAAGAGAAGACUCGACGCGCUCACUCACUGCUUAGUUACCCAUAAUGUCUCUCUGCAUAUUUCAUUUGAAGCUCGACGUUCGAUGUUCAUGGCUUCCUCAAUAUGCAGAACACUUGUUUCCAAUAUUGUCCUUCACCCCAUAACCCGUCUCAACCCUUCAUCAUUCGGCCGCAUCAAGUGCCAGCCGGUUCGAAGCAUGAGCUCUGAAUUGUCUCAGCGCAUUUUUCAGUUGAGAUUCAAUCCCUUGACAGGAAACUCGGAAUGGGUAGUCAUCGAAGAGAGCGAAGAAGAAAAUUCACCUAAAGCCCUAUUGUCAUCGACGUCUUAUCUCGACAUGCUUAACGACUCACCGCGGAAUAGAGCAUUCUGUAAAGCCAUAGAAAAGACCGUAAUAAAGCCAUGCCAUGUUCUUGAUAUCGGUUCUGGUACUGGUUUGCUAUCAAUGAUGGCUGCACGGGCAAUGGAUUCUAGUGAUGCAAAACAUUAUACUGGUUCCAAAGGGAUAUUAUCCGCAUGUGAGUCUUACCUUCCCAUGGUUAAGCUGAUGCGGAAAGUUCUGCGAAUCAAUAAUAUGGAGAAGAAGAUACGAAUCUUCCAUAAGCGAUCUGAUGAACUCAAAGUUGGGCACGAUCUUGCUUCACGUGCAAAUAUUCUAGUUAGUGAGAUACUAGACUCAGAAUUAUUGGGUGAAGGGCUAAUACCGACUCUACAACAGGCUCACGAUGAGCUAUUGAUGGAAAAUCCACAAACUGUUCCAUCCCGAGCAACUAUUUAUGGCCAGCUGGUUGAAAGUACAUUCUUAUGGAAACUGCAUGAUUUAUACAAUAAUGAAGCAAAAGCAUUGGAUAAUGUACAUCUUGUUCCAGCUGAAUUGGAGAGAAUUUUAAGAGUCAAACCACAACAAUAUGCUAUGCAUUGUGAUGCAAUAGCAGAAGAGAUAAGAUUGUUGUCAGAUCCAUUCAAAGUUUUUGAAUUUGACUUUUCAAAACGACCAGAAAGUCAUGGACAAACUGAACUACACAUAAAGGCAACUAGUGAUGGUAGAGUUCAUGCUAUAGUUUCCUGGUGGGUACUUCAGCUUGAUUACGAGGGGACGAUCUUCUAUUCAACUGCCCCUCGGUGGAUAAACUUGCCUUUCAACUGUGAAGAUUUGCAAACACAAUCUCAUAAUUGGUGUGACCAUUGGAAACAGUGUGUUUGGUUCAUACCAGGGAUAGGAAUUUUGGUAUCCAAGGAUGAGCAGGUUGAUUUUCAAGCAGUUCAUAAUGAUAUUAGUAUCUCAUACAAUCUCAAGCAUGGGGACUCAAAAUUGGAACAAGGGUAUCCUGACUUUCAUACCAGAGGUUGUCAACUUAUACUAUCACCAGAAAGAAUUGCUAUAUAUGGAGACAGAGAAUGGAGAUAUGAUAUGCUAAGAGCUGUGAUGAAUGCAUUGCAGAAGAAGGUUUCCCCCUUGUGCGUUGUUGCAGAUGAUAGUGUGUUCUUAACAAUUCUUCUUGCAAAUCUUUCACCAUCCUCAAAUAUAAUAUCAGUAUUUCCAGGGCUACAAGAGAAGGGUGCCCAAUAUUUACAAGCUGUAGCUGAUGCAAAUGGUUUCUCUAUUAAUCGUGUUAAUGUUCUUGGGAAGAGACCAACAUGUUUGACUACAGAUGAUACCGAUCAGAAAAAGGUUGACCUGUUAAUUGGAGAGCCAUUUUAUUAUGGAAAUGAAGGGAAGCUUCCAUGGGAAAAUUUACGCUUUUGGAAGGAAAGAACAAUGCUUGACAAAGUCUUAUCCAAAGAUGUAUUAAUCAUGCCUUGUAAAGGGAUCUUGAAGGGUUGUGCCAUGUCUCUUCCAGAUUUAUGGAGAAGUCGUCGUGCCCUUGAAAUUAUUGAAGGUUUUGAUCAUUCAGUUGUAAAUACAACCUUAGGGGCCUGUGGUGAUUUACCUGUAUCACAAGGUCCUUCCCUUCCAUAUUUUAUUUGGCAGUGUGGGGAGAUCAAGGAACUGAGUGAGGCAUUUACAAUCAUGGAAUUUGACUUCUCAAAGCCCAUAAGCCUAUCUUUUGGGAAGACCAAGGUUGGGUUUACUGAGGCAGGUAUUUGCCAUGGAUUUGUACUUUGGAUUGAUUGGAUACUCGAUGUUGACCACUCUAUUGUGCUGUCAACAGGACCAAAACAUAGAUAUUGGAAACAAGGAGUAAAACUCCUGAGCAAGCCUGUAGCAGUUGGCAACCAUGGAUCUUCUGGUAUUGGUGAUUGUUCUUUCACUGAAAUUGAAGCAUCAUUUAACCCAUCAGAUGGUGAACUUAUUAUAAGACAUGAUUUUUUGUAACUGAAGGAUAUGAAGGGAUAAAAUAUUUAGACAGUUCCUGUUGCACAAGCUUUUACUUUCUUCUUUUCUUUCCUUUUUUUUUUAAGUUUCCCUUUACUGAAAAACUGUCUUCAGAAUAAAGAUAUAUAGAAGGUGUGAAGAAACUGUCUUCAGAAUAAAAGGGAUGGAGAUAGAGCUAAAAAUAUGCAAUGACUGAAAAAAUUCCGCCACUGAGCCUAA